UAGGCGCAUUCGCUCGCACGCUUCGUCCAAAGCGGACUUCCACGAGAGGGAUCCGUUGUCAUCAUCUUCAGCGUCGCCGCCGCCGUUGUUGUUGUCGCAGCUGUCAUCGACGAGCCGCAUCCGACAAACGGAGCCUGUUGGGAAACGCCCGCGUCUUGGGAUACCGACAGUCGUUGAAGAACGCCUUCGACCGAGGAAUUGUUUUCGUGGCUCCAUCGGUGAUCCUCUACGUCGGUUCGCUCGCCGUAGACAGCAGUGAAAAGCUCAGGCGAUCCUUGUUGCUCACGUACUUCCGGUUCCCCGAGGAACGAGACCGAGGAGACGAGCAUCUCGAACCGAGGCUUGAAGAGUUUUCGCAAAGAAGAACAAUACGGCGGAUAUGAUGGCUGUCGCAGCGGCGCAAAAGAACCGCGAGAUGUUCGCUAUCAAGAAGUCUUACAGCAUCGAGAACGGAUAUCCGGCGAGACGACGAUCUCUCGUGGAUGAUGCUCGAUUCGAGUCUUUGGUUGUGAAGCAGACUAAGCAAAGCGUUUUGGAGGAAGCCCGUCAACGCACUAAUGAUUCGGAAUCAGACCACCAGACCGAAGUCACAGUUUCGAGCGACGACGAGCAAGUGGAGACGCUGCUUUGCGCCGCCAAGAACGGAGAGGCGAAAGCGGAAGUUUCGUCGGACAGUGACACUAAACCGGACGAGGACUAUGACGAUGAUGCCGGAUUGACCGAAGAGGAAGUGGUGCUGAUGAAGACCAUCGCCGAGAGUCCAGAGAGCGAGCACGCGGUGCAGAAAGCGGCGCUUGUGUUGCGUCUGCGAGAAGGGAUCGGGUCCUUGGCUAGGAUCUUGAAGACGAUCGAGAACUUCAAGGGCAUGGUGACCCACGUUGAGUCUAGACCGUCGAAGCGAGAGGGCCAGCAAUUCGACGUGCUGGUCAAAGUCGACAUGAGCAAGCAAUGCCUGCUGCAGCUGAUCAGAAACCUCCGGCAGAGUUCCGCGUUGGACGGCGUCAGCCUGCUCGCGGACAACUCCGUCAGCAUCAAAGAUCCGUGGUUCCCGCGUCACGCCUCCGACCUUGACAACUGCAACCACCUGAUGACCAAAUACGAACCGGAUCUCGACAUGAACCAUCCCGGCUUCGCCGACAAGGAGUACCGCGCUCGCAGGAAAGUGAUCGCCGAGAUCGCUUUCGCUUACAAGUACGGAGACCCGAUACCCAACAUUCCUUACACCGAGACGGAGGUCGAGACGUGGAAGCGCGUGUUCGACACCGUCGUCGAGCUGAUUCCCAAGCACGCUUGCGUAGAGUACCAGAGAGUCUUCAAGAAGCUGCAGGAGGAAAAGAUCUUCGAGGCUAACCGUAUACCUCAGCUGCAAGAGGUCAGCGAUUUCCUGAAGAAGAACACGGGAUUCACUUUGCGACCCGCGGCCGGGCUGCUCACCGCCAGAGAUUUCUUGUCUAGUCUCGCGUUCAGGGUGUUCCAGAGCACCCAGUACAUUCGCCAUAUCAAAACACCGUUCCAUACGCCGGAACCAGACUGCAUCCACGAGCUGUUGGGACACAUGCCACUGAUGGCCGACCCAAGCUUUGCUCAAUUCUCCCAAGAGAUCGGUCUCGCGUCGCUCGGUGCUUCCGACGAGGAGAUCGAGAAACUGUCCACCAUCUACUGGUUCACAGUUGAAUUUGGCCUUUGCAAGGAGGGUCAGGAGGUGAAAGCAUACGGCGCAGGCCUUCUGUCAGCGUACGGCGAGCUGCUUCACGCGCUCAGCGACAAAUGCGAGCGUAGACCAUUCGAGCCGCAAACCACGGCGGUUCAGAAAUACCAAGAUCAAGAAUACCAGCCGAUAUACUUCGUCGCGGAGAGCUUCGAGGACGCCAAAGAGAAAUUCCGUCGCUGGGUGGCCACCAUGAGCCGACCGUUCGAGGUGCGAUACGAUCCUCAUACUCAACGGGUGGAGGUGCUCGAUAGCGUCGACAGGCUGGAGAAUCUUGUGUCUCAGAUGAACACCGAGAUGACACAUCUUACGAACGCCAUCAACAAAAUCAAGAAGUCUUUCGCGUAAGUCCCGCGGAAGGAGCCCAUCCCCAUGACACGAAACGGUUGUUUCUUUCGCGAAUCGUCGAGCUUUACGAUCGAUCUUCGAUGUGAUCUAGAUAAUUACGAUGCUUCUAGUGAUUGUUCAAAGAAUUCUACCGUGGAUCAUGAAAUUCAAAGUUUCUAUCGCAACCUAUCAUCGAGUCGAGGAGAAUCGCGAGCUAGUACAUUGUAUCUUAAUCGAAUUGUGAAUAUUUCUUUGGGAGGACGUCGCGGUCUCGAGACAGGCUCGGCGAAGCACGUCAUUUCAUCCUUCGGUCGUCAUUCUUCUUCGGCAUCGAAUCGUUCUCACUCUGUGUAUAAAGUCGUCCAUUCACACAUAAUCGUACGCACGUGCGCGUGGCAAGCCUCUGUCGGUUCACGUUAGAGUUUUCGAGGUCGAAUUGAUUUCUCGCGACACUGGACGCGAAAUCUCGUGUCAUUCCUUGAACAGAAAAAGUAUUACCGAAGAACACUGUGCGUCGAAGUAUUAUAUUACUCCUAGCAAUAAAUUACCAAUAACAUAUUACCUCGAGCGUGAACGAUCUUACCGUAGAACCAAUCACGCGCAUAUGUGUACGCGUUUCAUUGUUUUCUUACAUUAUACAUAGUAUAUUUUAUUUUAUCGUAGUAUUUCAUAUUAUUAUUAUUAUUAUUAUUAUUAUUAAUAUUAUUAUUAUUAUAUAUGAAAGUUAAAGUAUUCACUACUGCGUGUCAAAUUGCUUCGUGUAGGCAAACGAUGAAUAUCCACCGCGAUAGAAAAGUAUUUUUCCGCAUCGUCUACACUUAGUUUAGCUGUGUCGCAAGACGACUAGUAUUAAAAGACAAAGUAGGUCGUUUAUUUUUGAGAAUCGUUAACGAAACCAUCAACUUCUUGGGAAACGCGAUCAUCUCUAGCGGUCGUGACAAGCAUUCUUAAGGGAACAACAAUCGCAGGUCCAACAUCUACGAAGUUUCGUUGCCUUUCCUAUAUCUCUCUUUCUGUAUAUUUUAGUUCCAAUGAUCUGCCUAAUAGCUGAGACUGGGCGACGAAAUAGCAUGUUGUUUCCCGAGGAACUUGUUGCCAUUCACGAAUUUGCUUCGAUAGCGAAGCGACAAAGUGUUGUAUUAGAAAACGCACUGUCUAGCGUGUAGUGCGAGUCCUUGCUUGUGCACCCCCUGCACUUUCUCCCAUCGCUAACUCGUACCAAAUACUUUUCCGAGUUCGUAUUAACGCGCGCGCCAUUUUCAUGCUUGCUCAGCCGUAGAAAAUUAUUAGCGCGCGCACAUACUAGAUUUCCUUUGUAUGAUAUUGUAAAGUACUCAGAGCAUAAUAAAAACCUAAGAUAUGAAUCUUA